AACCGAAUCAAAUAACAAACAAAAUGAAAGAGGAACUUGACAAAGCUGAAUUUGGCAUGUUUCCUGCUCAGGAGCAUUGCGCCCGUCGGCUUUAUAAAUGUUUUAGAAAGUCGGGGACUUCUGAUCUUUCAGACAUGCUUUUGUCUUUAAUAUUGCUGUGUCUGUUAGAUCUUGUAUUUUUGGAGAAUGCCAACAUGUACAAACUCUGCCAGUCAUCGACAAUGGAAUUCUAUUACACGCUCUGUUAUGAAAGGAGUAAGCCAAUCAUUUCCAUAGAACCCUGUGCUUCCAGCAGACAACAAAAAAUGAAUAUCAGUUUAACAUGGAUACCAACAAUGGACUUGCAUCGUCUGCUUCUUACUGUUGAUGUUUGGUACCAGUCUGCAAAAGUGUCAGAAACCAGAAUGGAUAUUUGUACUGGGGUUGAUGAUGAAUUUGACUUUUGUGGAAAAUUAAAAGGAGAAACGGUACAUGUUAGGCUUGAAAAAGGACUCGAAAAGUUUCCUCCAGUAAAGGGCAAGUUCACUGCAAAUUUUAACCUAUAUGCUGGUGAAGAGGAAGAACUCGUCUUUUGCGCCACAGCCAUUGGUAUUCUGAUGAUUUAACUUAAUACAAAAGUAAAAUAGG